AAUUAAACACACCCGAGACAACAAUUUGACCGGCCAUCGUGGGCUCUCGCUGGACGCUACUCCAGUCAACAGUGGUCAGUCGGUGUUUGUGUCACUGCUGCACAGUGAACAGUUGGGCCCUCCACACACGCCGCAGUGACGACAACACGAGCCAUGCACACGCGUCAACCCCACAUUGGCCCCCACUCGGAUGACCAGUGAGCAACCCAGUGUGCUGCCAGGUGGGGCCCACUCACAGUCACAGCCGCUCAGCUCAGCUACUGAAUAAAACCAACUCGCCAAGCAAAGCGAGGAGGCGACCCACUGGCCACUACUACUACUACUACUACUAUUUCCUCCUCUCUCUGUGUGUUUGUGUCACACUCACGCUGAGCUUGCGAGCUUGCUUGCUCAAAAGAGGUAAAGAAACCGACCGCGAGGAGGUCUCGUCGGCCGGCGUGCGGCGGCGGCGGCGGCGGCGAGGGUGAUAUGGCGAUGGAGGACGACGAGGACAUGUGGGCGAACACGAGCAGCCCCAGCGCGUCGCCGCCGCGGCCGAGGGGGUUCAUCUCCACCGCGCUGAGCCUCAACUCGACGCACCUCCAAGGCCUCCUCCCGUCGUCCUUCGUCGACGCCGCCGCCUCGCCGUGCCACGCCAGCGGCAACAACAACGGCGGCGGCGACGGCCGCAAUGCCGCGCCGAUGUCGUCCAUCUUCUUCGCCUCCGCGUCGUACCACCAGCAGCAGCACCACCUCCCUGCCCCCGCGCCGCUCGACGGCGCCAUCCUCCCCGCGCGCCGGUUCGGGCUCGACAUGUGCGCCGCCGCCGCCGCCGCCCCCGCCGGUGUCCCCGCCGCCGGGGACCGCCGCAAGAGGCGGAUGAUCAAGAACCGCGAGUCCGCGGCGAGGUCCCGCGCGCGCAAGCAGGCCCGCGUCAACAACCUGGAGACCGAGGUGGAGCAGCUCAAGCAGGAGAACAAGAUGCUCCGCGUCAAGUACGAGCAGCUGAGGAAGACGGUGGAGGUGCCGGUGCCGGUGAGGAGGACUCUGCAGAGGGUGCUCUCCGCGCCAUUCUGAUUCUUCCUCCUCAUCGAUCUCCUGCUGCUGCUGCUGCUGCUUUGUGAUGAUCUUGGAUUUGUUUUUGGAGAUGGUGGUGGAUUAGUAGCUUGUGUUGCUGUGAUGAUGCUUAAUUAGCAGCAAAGCUAGCUAAUCCAGGCAUGUACAUUCAGGUGGACGACCUUAGCUACUAUGGUUACUACUACUACUUAGACAAGUGGCAGUAUUAAGCUUUGAUUUGCUCGCAAACACUUGCCUUAAUUAAUCUGUACAGUGUUGGCAGCUGCUAGCUUAGCAAUUAGCAAAAUGCAUUAUUAUAAUUAGUCCCCUAGGAGGAAGCUUAGCUGUGGCAGUGCUAAUUGCCUUGCUAUGUGUUUUGGUGUUUGCUGUUUUCUGUUCUACAUGAUGGUGGUAGUAAUGGCCUACAGCUUGUCGCAUGGUAUUAGGCAGAAAGAUGAGCUGCUUGUACAAAUUUGGCAACUAUUGCUUCCUGGAACAAUGACAUUUUGGGCCUCAGGAGAGGAGGAAAGAGUCCUCUCUUCUAUAAA